CAUUUGCAACACGUUUUUUCAAAUUUCCAACACUUUAUUUUCAAAUUUCCAUUUUCCAACGUGAGCGCGUCCGGCCUCCUCGAAAAGCACCAAGCUGUUCAAGGGCAUGAACAAGACAUGGGAUGACAUGAAAAAUGCCGGGAAAACUUUUAAAGACACUACCGGCAACAAAGCUUCAAAUUGAAUCUAGCGAUGACACUAUCGUAGAAAUGUGCUAAAAAGAGCUAAAUUAGCUUGACAAUAGCUAAAUUGGCAACCCUCGAUGUUGCCGAUGUUUCUCCACCCCUACCGAGCUGUUUUUGUUGGGUUUUUAAAUUUUCAAAUUAUUUCCCCGGAAAAUUAGCGACCCGUACAGGAUCAAAGGACGCUACCUGCGGUCGCAGAAUUCCGCGAACCUGGUCGCGGGCAGGCAGAAAAACUCAAGUAAUGCCUUCGCCGUGCAUGAAUAUAAGGAAACGACGCUCGAUCAAGGCACGCCAGAGCCAAUGGACACCUCGGUAAAUACGUGCGCAGACGACCCGGUAAACGGCUCCCUCCGCCUGCAUUGCUCACUUUCCUCCGUUGAGAUGGAGAGUGAAAUGGAGCUGGAGGCGGAAAGCGACCUGUCGCUGGCCUUUGAGCGAGACGAAGAAGCUGGACAGUCUGGCGGCAGCUGCGACGAACUACCUGCAUUCGAGAUUCGCGCCUUCUGUCCACAUGGGCGGACGCCCUCCCCCAUAGACGACCUCAACCUCUCGGACAUCGAAACCCCCAAGCAACAGCAGCUGCAUCAUCAGCCUUCAGAGGAGCUACGCCACAACAAUCCGGAAUUCGUGGCACUGCACGACAUAAACGCCCAGAUCAGCCCGCCCAGCGACGCGGACACGUCCAAGAGCAGUAACAACCUUGAAACCAUCUUUGAAGGCGUUUUCCUGCACACCCCGCCGAGGGAGAAGGCAAACGCGCCUGGAAGUCCCAGUUCCACUCGUUAUACCCCUAAGCGCAGCCGGGCCAAUCUUAUGGAACUGGUGGCCAUCGGCAACCGGCUAAAUGGUGGAAAGGAAAACCGGUCGCCAUGCGCUCGCUCAACAAAUUCGCCAGCGCAGUCUCCAACGAAGGAGCCUACCUAAACAGUCAACCCCAGCCAAAGCCAUGGAGCCCUCGCUCAGACUGCCAUCGAUUUUCUAGACUAAGUAAAGAUAUUCCCGUACACAUGCAUGUGUAUUCUUAGAUGUUCCCCCAAAAUAUGAUGCUACAGCUUAAUGUAGUGGCGAAAUAAAGAUUGUCUUUCCAUGUUUCAAACAUUAACGAAAA